UGUCCAUAGUCCUUUCCUUCCCGAAAUUAGACUAAACAACUGCAAAAGCACGGAGAAUUCUCUGCUAAUAUGAAUCUCCUAACGACUACGAUUCAAAAGGGAAGUUAACCAAAACAAUUCUCAUUGGUGAAGGAACUCGUAAACGGAAGUAAUUAGGGAAAAACAAACAGUUUGUCACCAGCGUUUGCUGUUGAUACACGAACUCCAGAAAACGGACUACCUCCUGGGUUUUUUCCUCCAAAUUUCGAGACUGUUCUGCUGUAUUUCAGAACCUCAAUCGCCAAUAUGCGAAGAGGUGUUGGUGCGGGAGCCAUCGCCAAAAAGAAGCUGGCAGAGGCUAAGUAUAAAGAAAGAGGUACUGUUCUAGCAGAAGACCAGAUUGUCCAGAUGUCUAAACAGUUGGAGACCUUCAAGUCCAACCUGGAGGAGUUUGCCAGCAAACAUAAACAAGAGAUUCGCAAGAACUCCCAGUUCAGGGUCCAGUUUCAGGAAAUGUGUGCCACCAUUGGUGUCGACCCACUUGCCUCUGGAAAAGGAUUCUGGUCGGAGAUGCUUGGUGUUGGGGAUUUCUAUUAUGAGCUCGGUGUACAAAUCAUUGAAGUCUGCCUGGCUCUGAAGCACAGAAAUGGAGGACUCAUAACUUUAGAUGAGCUUCAUCAGCGAGUUUUGAAGGGACGCGGUAAAUAUGCUCAAGAUGUGAGCCAGGACGACUUGAUAAGAGCCAUAAAAAAACUAAAAGUCAUGGGGAGUGGUUUUGGGAUGAUUCCUGUUGGUGGUUCCUACCUUGUUCAGUCAGUUCCAGCAGAGCUCAAUAUGGACCACACUGUAGUUCUACAGCAGGCUGAGAAAAAAGGAUAUGUUACUGUUAGUGAAAUCAAGGAUGUUCUUAAAUGGGAGAAGGAAAGAGCAUGUCACGUCUUGGAUCACUUGCUAAAGGAAGGCCUGGCUUGGCUGGACUCACAGGCUGCCGGGGAGCCUCAAUACUGGCUGCCGGCGCUCUUCUCCGAGCUGUCGUCUCGUGACGUCACACCAGAGGAGGUCAACCAGAUGACACCAUGAUUAAAAAAUCAGUGUCACUCAACGGACGCCAUAACUAGAGACAUUGGUAAACAAAGGUGCCUGGAGGUGAAGCACAUUUCUGUCACCAGAGGAAUGAACAUUCCCCUCUGUUACUGCAGCACAGACUUUGAUAGUACCUUUGAAUCAAAACAGAAUAAAAGACUGCUCUAAAGAU